AUGUCGAAAACGACCUCCACACGCAAGUCUGGGGCCAAGUCUACCUCCUCACCGAAACGCAAUACGCUUGCUUCCAACGCCAACACCUAUCCCACUCCCAAGCUUCUCAGCAUGGUCGACCCCGUCAACAUGGUCAACCACAUCCCCUUCUACCUCCAUUCAGCUGCCAGACAAGCUGCUUUCCCCGAAACAGCGGGUGAUGCUUUGCACAGGCAUCUGAGCGAGGUGCGAGAUUUGAGGCUGGUCCGGGUUUUGACUCGCGCUGGAGAUGAUCCUGAUCAUGUUUAUGAUGCCAUUGCGGAGGCUGUGUCGGAAACUGUCACGGAUUUCGGAGAAGGUACUUCAGAAGAAGCAAGGGAAGCGGCUAUGGCCACCUGGAGGCAACAGAGGGAAAAGGAGAGGAAGGAGGAGAUGGUCAGAGGGUUAACGCAGUGGUCAAAGGACUUGUUGACGCAACAGGUUCCACAACAAUGGGUGAGGGAGGUGGUAGGGGGGUUAAUUGAACGGGUUCAGGGACUUGAGAAGGGGGAGCUCGAGGGGGAGGUUGAUGGGGAGGAUGGGGAGGAGGAGGUGCUGGGAAUUGAAAGUGGUAGCGACGAAGAGGAAGAGGAAGAGGAAGAGGAAGACAGGGAAUGGGAUGUAGAGGGUCAGAUUAACGAAGCUAUGGAUAAUAUCACGAGGGUUGUUCGGGGCGCGUCGAGAGAGGUUAUGGAUCUGGCGAGACGGGGAGUUGAAGCGUUGGUAGCCCAAUUCACGAGGGAGGAGGAUGGGGAGGAGGAGGAAUGGGAGCUGGUAGAAUGGCCAGAUCGGGGCGGGGGGUAA